AUGAAAGUUUUGGAAGUAUUCCUAAUAUUAAUUUUUGUGAACGUAACGAAUGUUAUUGCAGCAACGGAUUACUGCAAGCUCUGUACGAACCAUAUUGCUUGCAAUAAUACUGGAACUUUUGCAAAUGCUUGUUCAUCAGAUGCAGUUAUUGCAGAGUUAUCACAAGCAGAGAAGAACUUGAUCGUAAUUGUACAUAAUCAGUUACGAAAUAAGCUUGCUGGUGGAAUGCUUCAAGGUUUCCAAAGUGCUACAAAUAUGUCACUAGUUGCUUGGGAUUCUGAGCUCGCGCAACUUGCAGAACUAAAUGUUAGACAGUGCGAGAUGAAACAUGAUCAUUGCAGAAGCACAGAUAAUUAUCCAUAUACUGGGCAAAAUUUGGCCGAAACCACAAUUUACUCAAUAUAUCCAAAUAUUAAUACUAUAAUAGUUUAUAACAUCAAUGCUUGGUUUGAUGAGUACAAGUUAACUAAUCAAACACAAAUGAGUUCAUGCUGUCAGGAUGGCAGUGGACAUUUCACACAGUUGAUUCAAUAUCGAACUAUAGCUAUUGGAUGUGCUUUAGCAAUUUUCACAAAUCAAGAUACAAAAACUGACUUGAUGGCUUGCAAUUAUUCCUUUGGAAAUAUUCUUGAGUAUCCAGUUUACAUUGCAGGACCGGCAGCAUCAACAUGUGCAAAUGGAAAUGAUAAAGUUUAUAAAAAUUUAUGUCAAAUUUGA